UUUCCCGCUGAGUUUCUUCACUCAUUUUCUGCAAUUCCGUCACAUCAGGCUUUGUUUUUGGAACACCCACAAACGCAUCACUUUCAAGAUGUUUAAAAUUUUUAGUGAAAUUGUCAAAGCAGUACCGAUUAGAAAAUUAGACGUAGUCGUAAAAAUUGCAGAGUUGCGCCCUUUUUCUUCCAAAAGUAAAAACCACGGUCUGACCGACUUUAGCAAAAAGAAGGCUUGCAAGGAGAAAGUAUGCAAAGAACGACCGGCCCAAACGUCCCCAGAAAAGCCCGAAUCAUGCGGGGAUAAACCCGAAGGCGUCACAACAUGGCGCCCCUGCCCGGAUCCAGCCAAGCAAAAAAAGUUCUCCUGCGAGGACAAUCAACCACAUGGAAUUGCACGGAGAACGAAACUUCAGGUUGCGGCCAAAUCCCCCUGCACGACCCCAGCGCCUUCGCUGCAGGCCCCCGACUGUUUCAUAGCGAAAACCCAGCUUUGCCCGAGGGCCUCGAUGCCCGGCUGCGGGAAGGCCAGGAUCCCGCCCCGUUGCGAACCGAAAAAGGCGGUCCGUGGUUGCGUCAGAGCGGCACCGCCCGUUGCGUCUUUUUCCGAGUGCUACGAAUUCCCAUUUCUGCCGCCGCUCCGCUCGGAGUGCACCUGCUUGACGGCAAAGAAAAUUUGUAUUUAUUGAAGGACGAGAUGAAUAUUUAAAAACAAUAUUGUUAAGCUGAGCUCAGAUAGAAACAAUUGUCAUAAAAACGUAGAAGG